UAAAAUCCCCGAGUAAUGUGGGCCCAUACGCUAACCUAUCCUUAUCUCAACGUGAACGCCGAUCCAUGUGGCCACGUCACGGGCUCCAUCCUAAAUCGAAAUGGACGGUCCAGAUCUCUAUCCACUCCAAAGAGUUGUUCGACCUUUAACACCCUGCCAUCGUUAAAUAUGGCACUCAUAGGGCGUGGUUGUAUCUCUUACUCUGAGACCUGGUCAUUGGGAUCUCCAUACGCUGGAUCUGCUAAGAUACGCUUGAUCCAUAUGGGCCUCCUCGACCACUUGUGGGACGACACCGUCGCCGGCCCAAGGCCCGAUAACGGUCUCAGCAAGCUCCGUAAACACCACACCUUCAAUUUCCGACCUAGCUCCGGCAAGGAAGCGGAGGGUGGGAGCGUGAGAUCGUACGGUGACGAAUCAUCGUCGGGGGAAACGACGAGAGUGACGCGUAGUAUCAUGAUCGUGAAACCGCCAGGGUAUCAGAGUGGAUCGCCUCCGGUUUCUCCCGCCGGUUCUACUCCUCCGGUUUCUCCAUUUUCCGGUAAGGAGCAAAGGAUUCGACUCGGUUUCGAAGAAGGUCGGCAUCAGACGCGUACGAGAAACGAGGGCAGAACAGAUCAGACCCUUCUUCUCCUUACGAUGUGUGAGAAAUGAGUUGCAUUUUCUCAGAUCACAGCCCUUUUGGCCUUUUCUGUAUUCAUUUUUGUUUAGUGUUUUGUGUGUACGUGUGGGUGUAUAGUAAGGAAUGAAGCAGGUUGAGAUGAGGUUGUGCUGCAGUUCACGCGAGCUAGCUUUUUGUUUAGCUUCUUUAAGUGUUUGCUUAGGUGAGCUGGGUAGUGGUUGGUAAAUUGUAAGUAAGAAGGUGUAAAGGUAGAGUAGCAGUGUAUCAUGUAUCUGUGUAUUUAUGAUCAAUAAGACAUUCCUGCGUUUGUUGCUGUA